UGUCCCCGUCGCUCCUGCCGUGGCUCCUGUUAGCCUAGCUGGCAGUUUUAUUAAUCAUCAUCAUGGAUUGAACGGACUCUGACUGCUGUAUUUCACAUGGCAGGGCGGUGGAAAAGCAAUUUAUCCGACGGUUUCAUGAGAGGAAUAAGCCCCCGUCCUCAGCUUCAUCACAACAGAGAAAGAGGAGAGAAGGCGAGCGGUGACCAUGGAGGCUGUAUUUCACCCUCUCUUCCUCACAGUUGGCCAGCUGCCCUGGUUGCUUCUGACUCUGUUAACAUCGUGGACAGUCCUGUGUUCAGCAGAUAUAAAGCAGACAAGAUGGCCAUUAUAUUCCCAGAAACCAGUUCUUCUCGCCUGGAAUGCCCCGACACAGGAGUGUGCCCCGCGACAUGGCGUUACUUUAUCUUUGGACCAGUUUGACAUUGUGGCAUCCCCCAAUGAGGGCUUUGUCCGACAGAACCUCACAAUUUUCUAUAAGGAGCGCCUUGGGUUGUAUCCCUAUUAUGAGCGUGGUGGCACUGCAGUGAAUGGAGGCCUUCCACAGCUUGCCAGCCUCACUCAGCACUAUGAAAAGAUGCCUGACGGUUUGCAAAAAUACAUACGUGAGCCAGAGGCAAAAGGUUUGGCUGUAAUUGACUGGGAGGAGUGGCGCCCAUUGUGGAUCCGAAAUUGGGAUAUCAAAGAUAUCUAUCGAAGUAAAUCCCGUGAAAUGGUGGCCAAAAAGAACGUUAAGUGGACCCCAGAACAAGUGGGGAAAGUUGCACAGCAGGAAUUUGAGCUAUCAGCUCGCAAAUUCAUGCUGGAGACUCUGAAACUUGCCAAGAAUUUGAGGCCAAAUCAACUGUGGGGCUUCUACCUGUUUCCAGAUUGUUACAACCACGACUACAGGAGUGGCCUGGAGAACUACACAGGCCGCUGUCCUGCUGUGGAGAUGGCCCGCAAUGAUCAGCUCAACUGGCUGUGGAUGGAGUGUACGGCCUUGUUCCCGUCUAUAUACAUUGGUUCUGUACUCGGCUCUACAAAUUAUGGACGCCUCUUUGUCAGAAACAGGGUGAAGGAGGCGAUGCGCCUGGCAUCUGUCGGGGAUGGAUUAGCACGGCCUGUUUUUGUUUACACUCGCCCUACCUACAUGAAUCAGAUGCACCGCCUAACUCAGACUGAUCUGGUCUCUACCAUUGGUGAAAGUGUUGCACUUGGAGCUGCAGGUGUGAUCUUCUGGGGGGACACCUCCUACGCAAGCAGCAGCGCCAGCUGCUCCCACCUGAAUAAGUAUCUCCAGGGCGAGCUCGGUCGGUACCUUCUCAACGUGUCUACAGCAGCAGAACAGUGCAGCAAGGUGGUAUGCAAAUCUCACGGCCGUUGUCUGCGAAAAAUACCAGACAAUGACGUGUACCUACAUCUCAGCCCCUCGACACACAGCAUCACCAGUCAGGGUGGCCAGGUGAAGGUUACAGGCGCGCCUGGCCAAGCCGAGCUGGCUCUUUACCGCACACACUUCCAGUGCCAGUGCUACAGUGGGUACAGGGGUGAGGCCUGUGCUCAGAAAGAAAAAGGGCAGAAUAGAGCCUCCUCUGUCUUAGGGACCUGGCCUCUUUGCUUUUUACUCCCACUAGGACUCCUCACUCUGCUACACUGAGGAAACUGAGAAGCCCAAACUAUUAACUGCCUCUGCCAGCCCUGAAAAGGACAGUUCAGACUUUUUGACAUAAAGGGGGCAAGUUACUGUGCACCAGUGAUGCUGAUGUGUUGUCAGCAGCAGACAAUCAGUCCUGUCAUCAGAGAUCUCCCAUUACGAUGGGAGAUUUUUAUCCCAGCACACAGAGCUGGAGGAGCUCCAACCUCAGGACUGAUGUCAAUCUACCAAUAUUGCAACUGGUCAUUAACUUAUAUAAAAUUAUGUCAAAAAUCAGAUGUCUUAAAGGCCUCUGUCAUGCUCCAUGCUGACCCUGACCUCCAGAUGAGGAGAUGCUGUUUACCAUCACUAUGCAUUAAGUUAGACUAUAGUGUGAUUGUUGGACUGUUCCCAGAGAGGAUAAAAUGCCUGAAAAAAAGACUGCUUAAACUAAAAGUUUUUUUUAAUUAUUUAUCAUUUUUUAAUGAAGGACAGUAUAAUAGAGCAACAAAAGGCUUGAACAAAAAAGAGGAAGAAAGGUGCAUUUAAUGCCUAGCGACAUACAGUGUUGACAAGUCAUUCUUGCAUCACAACAGAACAACUUAAUGUAAUCUGCAUUUGCAUAUUGCUGCCCGUCUCAAACAUUAUAGUUUGUAUCUUUAAUAUCUGCUGAUGGGUCAAGCUGUUAGGUGUUGGCCUUAUGAAUGAAAUGUAAAUAUUUAAUUAUGCCAGACAGUAAUAAAUUAUGAGAAAUUUAAUCUGUAAAAUGAUUCGGCUUAUAGAAACAACAUGGCUGGACCUGCCUGUUUCACUUCCUAAUUGUGCCUUAACUGGGUGAUGAAGUGCUUUUUUUUUUAUCGUUGCCUUUGUUUACAAGUUGUGACUAUUGAGGUUUUUAAAGCAGUGUUUAUCUAGGCCCUCUGCAGGGCACCGUGCUUUAUACUCUAUACUUACACAGUGCUUUAUGAACUCCAUAUGCCUAAAAGUUUUCAUUUUAAUUAAGAAGGAAAAUAUAUGUAUUUGUAACAAGAAGGGUUGACAGAGCUGUAAAGACAGAAAAAAAACAUCAGUGUUACUGUUUAAAUGCAAAUGUUGUCCUCUAAUUUAACUGGACAUCACUGUGACACAGAUUUUCAUGUCAAAAAAGUUGCAUUGCAGCAUCCAGGUAAUUUCACUUUUUCCAAAUUGCUGUUAAUUUUCAUGGAAACAGACACCAGCAGCAUCUACAGCUAAACAAUAAAAGUCCAAUAAAACAUGGCAGGAUUCCUGCUGAAUCUUAAAAACUAUUUGAAGGCACUGAACAGGGCUCCUGCAGACCCUUAAAAAAAUCUUAAAAGGAAUUAAAUCAAUCCAUGUAAAAAUAAGGCCUUAAUUGGCAUUAGAACGUCAUAAAUCAAUCUUUCAAAAGUCUUGAAAAAUGCUUAGACAGAGGAAGCAGGAUAUUAUUAUUAUUAUUAUUAUUAUUAUAUAAACAAAAUAGUAAUUUACUGAAUCCCUCUCGCAUUUACAUCACUCAGAUCAGGAUAUAGGAAGAAAGUACUUUUUUUACCAAAAUUUGAAGUAGAUCAACAGACUUUUAAACUUGACCAAAAAUGUCAUGCUUUAUGUUAAAGAUUUAGGUGAAAUUGACCCUAAACCACAAGUAAUUCAUGUAAGUUCAUUUACAUCAUUUUUCCUUUUGUAAUCAUGAAAUUGGCCUUAAAUUUCAUUCCAAGUGGCAUUAAAAAAACCUUAAAAACUUAAAUCUUACUUGCCUUAAAGCUGUAGGAACCCUAUUAAAUUUAUUGAUCUAAAAAGACAUUAUGAAGUGGUUUUUAAAUGUAUUAAAUUAAAACAAAAAAAAACUGCCAAGGUGAGGGAGCUAGGAUAUUAAGGCAUUAAGUAAGAGGCUCUGUGCAUUUUAUGCUAAAAGUUUUUCAAACGAUGAGAAUCAAGGUGGUGGAAGUCAACAUACAGAGGGAGAAACACAAAAAUGCCAAAAAAAAACCUGCCUACAAACGCCACUUAUGUAGCAGUUCUGUUUUACUGUCGUUUGUGCCGCGAGAUAAACUAAACACAACAAUAAACACUCAGGCAAAAUUAUCCUAACACUUCUAAUUGAUGUCAAUUCAUGUUUUUUUCGUCAGUAUUGGUUAUUAUAAAACUGGUCUUGAAUUUAACUCCAAGUGGCAAUACGAAAGUCUUAAAAAGUCAUAAAUCUAACUUGCAGAGAUACUGGUAUUGCUGUAUCUGCCGGCUGAGAAAUAACCAUAACGUAUAAUACAAAAAUGCCAAAUAUGUGUUUUCUUCGCUACACAUUUACAUGUGUUACCCACAAAUAUUUAAAAACCAAAUGUAAGGGAUCCGUUUGAUCAUGUUUGUGUUUAUGCUUUUAAAAGAGCAAUUUUUGGCUCUCAAAUAUCAACAUCAGCCUCAGAAAUGUAGUUUUGCUCUGGCUUUAUACGCAAUUAUCAGUUUCGAUUUUUUUUGUGUAUGUGUGUUUUUGACCAGCUUGCGUGUCAGCUUGUGUCGAGGUUCCUGCCAGUGAUACUAUGCUGAUAGCAGCUACUUUAGUAUUACUUUAUUGCCAAGUAAAUAUAUUUGCUGGACUGAAGCUAGCUGAGCAGUUUUAUAUUUAUACAGUAGAUUCUGUAUUUAUUCUCUGUGGCACCACUCACAGAAGUAUUAGCUGCCUAGGCAAGUUUAUUUAAAUAGCACAUUACAGCAAAAGGGCAAUUUUAAGUGCUUUACAUGAAACAUCAAAUGUAUCAGUAGCAUUAUGAUACCAGUGUGCAGGUGGAGGGUUGUGCUGUCUUUCACAAACUGGAUAUUGCAACAGAACGUUUUUAUAUGCUGCAAACAUUUUUAAAAUACUGCACUUUAACUACUUUUUGUUGAGGUGGAUCUGGCUUAAUUUCAUGUUGAUACUAAUAAGAAGUGAAAUUCUGUUCUUUUUUUUUCUUCCUUUAACGUGUCAUGUUAAAGAUUUAUUCCACUGUGAAGUCUGUCUAAAAAGAAACGCUUUUAUGAUUGUUAUGCCUCCCUUGGCUUCUUUUUAGUUGCAUUGUAAAGAAUAAUAGAAUAAAAAGUUUUAUCAUUUGUCAUCUUUAAA